AGUUGAGGGAGGAGGAUAUCGUGAUCGACUAUUAUAAAUCAUCAUAUCCAUGUUGCACCGCCACAACUGUCGUUAUAUGACGUUAUAUUCCAUUUGAUGUCGCUACAAUGUUUCAGUGUCGGAGUACGAGCGUUUCUGUCGCGUCUUUAUCACUUCAGCGUGUCAACUUCACCGGAGCCGCCGGCGACAUGAGCUGCACAUUGCUUAAUUACCGCGCGAUGAGUUGCGCUCGUGUUUACCGGAGAUUUAGUGAACGCAACGCCGCUGUUUUCCACCGGAGAGACGAGCGUUCCGGUUUCGGAUGGGUGCAUGAUAUUCCCUUCAGGUCAGCGUCGGGUCGCGUUACACAAGCGCACGUGACAGUGUUUACAUUGAACGCAUCGCCGCGACGCGGAUACGGUGACUGGUUGAACUCGAACAGAAGGAUCGUGAAACUGAAUGAACUUGAAUCGUUUUUAUUCGAUUGUUCUUCUCCUGUUGUGACGAUGCAAACGAGAAGCUCCUCCACGACGCCAGAGAAAACGCGAGAGGAACGCGCCGCUGAGAUCAAAACGGAGGCGCUCUCCUCUGGAUCCAGUGCUCAGGGGGUUCCAGCGGAGUCUGACGGGAAUCCCAGUAAAACGCAGCAGCUCAGGAAAGUGUUUAAGGAAUACGGAGCUGUCGGAGUCUCGUUCCAUGUUGGAAUCUCGCUCAUAUCUCUGGGAAUAUUCUACCUUGCUGUAUCCAGUGGUAUCGAUAUGGCAGCGCUGUUGUGCAAACUCGGCUUCAGUGAAUCGGUUGUCCAAUCAAAGAUGGCCGCAGGCACGAGCACGUUUGUUUUAGCGUACGCCGUCCACAAGCUCUUCGCUCCGGUCCGCAUCAGCAUCACGCUCGUGUCUGUACCGCUGAUCGUGAGAUACCUCAGGAAAACUGGACUCUUCAAACCCAGAACAUCAGCGCCGUGAAAAUCUGCACUCGGACCUCAACAAUCCUGGAACUCAAAAUACACAAUGUAGCGUACAUGUCACUGACAACUAACUCAUUUAUAAGCUCCGCUGACACGUGAUAAGCUUAAUGAUCAUUACUCAAACAUUGAAUUAGAUGUUUAACUCACUACACUCACUGAAGUCCUAUUGCAUUAUGCAUUUGUCGACUGUACAGUUGCCUCAGUGUCGAGAAUCAUGUAGACAAGCAUAAAUAUAAUGUGAAACGGGGGAUGAUUUGGGUGUAGUAACAUGUAGGAUAUAGAUUUGCAUUACACAGCUAUUCACAAUGUUGACAUUUACAUACGUGUUUAUGUGACUGAGCAUUGCCGUCAGGAAACACGUGUGGAGUUAAAUAUUAUAAUGAGACGUGACUAAUCAAUCUUUCAAUCUCUGAAGAUCAUUUUGUGUUUUCGAUGAAAGUUUCCUUGUUUUAAUCUGCAUAUUUGAUCAACUGUGAUGUCAAUGAAACCGGUAAUGAAGAAUGUGUUGCUUUCCAGAUCAUGUGAUCUCAGUCGCUCACACUAAUACCAGCCGUUGCAAUCCAAAGGUCCGAUUGGGCUGACAUUAUAAUGACUGUUAUUGUAUGGGCUUAAAGUCUUGCGUAAUGGGCUAUUGUAAUGUUAUAUUUGACUACAUGUAAAUUAUACAAUAAAAUAUUUGCCAUGUCAGCACUUUGUUUUCCUUCCAU